CCCAAGUGGCCAAGCGACUUUCAACUCCUGCUUCCUGUCAUAUCCUUUUAGUUGCCGUUCCAAGUUUACGAGUGUAGCCUGCGCUUUGGCCAGUUCCUUCAACCUGCUGGAGUCUUUAAAGUUAAAGCGUAAAAAAGCCCUGAAGAGACUGAAGCAGACUUCGGUGGGACGGGAAUCCCACUCCGCUCGCUCACCCACCAUAUAGGGACGCCACUUCUCCUGCCGGGGUUUCUUAUCCGACUUCUUAUUCUACAGGUAAAAGACUGGCUUCCUAGCAUGAAACAGGCUUGGGACAAGAACAUUUUUGAGAAUGGGCAAAGUAAACCACAGGGAACAGUGGACCUGGCACCAUCAUUCGACCACCUCCAGAGUACUGGUUCAGGAGACAAGUUUGAUAAGAAGGUGCUUCCUGUCGGCGGAGCGCUAAGUGGAGCCGGUCAAAAUCUGCUGCUUACUCCGGCAAGUCUGCAGCUGGCCCAGCUUCAGGCUCAGCUCACGCUGCACCGCCUCAAACUCGCCCAGAGCAGCAACACUGCUGCUGCUGCCACAGUCCUCAAUCAAGUCCUCUCCAGUGUGGCCAUGUCCCAACCACUGUUUAACCAACUUAGGGGCUCCGGCAUGCCCCAGGCCCCGGGAACAGGUUUUCCUUCCGCACCCAUAUCCUUUCCCCCUCCUGGCACCCCAAUAGGCACCCUGGUAGGGGGUGCCUUUACCCAGAACCAUGCUGGGAUCCGAAUGAAUCACUAUGGAGCAGGUGGAAACAUGAGCCAGAAUGCCAACCCACAUGGGGAAAGUGGGAACAAGGCCAACAAAUUUCAGGCAGGGUUUCUAGGAGGAACCACAGGAGGGGCCACUAAAUCAGGUGAAGGAGGACAGUGUGGAGGCACUGGCGGUCCCAAAACCAACAGCCAAAAUAACUACCACAGAGACUUCUACUCUUCCGAGAGUCAAAUCCAGGACCCCGGACAUACAGAACAAUGGACAAACCCGACCGGAUUUCCUGUCUCAGGUAAACUGGAUUUGGGAACGAGCAUCGGGGGCAGUCCAUGGGCACCACCCACGCACGGAUUUAUCGGCCCGCGAGCUGAACUGUACAAUCCAGAGGAGCCGACCGGCGACCCCAAAUUCAGCUCAGCAGGAGGCCUCAGUUUUAGCACUGCUGGCAGUCAGCAGGGGUUUGUGGGAUACCCACAACAACAGAAGUGUGAGGAGGGGAUAGGCAUGACACUACAAGCGCACCAGCUUAACGACUAUCAUGGCGUCACACCGUCGCACCUACCCCAUCAGUGCACCAUUUGUGAAAAGAAGGUUUACAACUUGAAGGAUUGGGACCAGCACGUGAAGGGCAAGCUGCAUAUACAGAAUCGCUCGCUGUACACAGACGGCCAUGCGCUUGGAGCCCUGCACUUUCCCGUCGCCUCAGAAGGAUGCCGCGGCUCAGCGUUGAAUAACAACCCCGUGGCAUACUCGUCCGCUGCUGGCCAAGAUGUUUCAACCGGAGGCUCCUCUUUUUUACAAGCUGCACCUAUGAAGUCAUUUCCUCUCUCGGGGGCGGGAUUUACCUCACACCAACCGGGGACAAAGUUUGUGCCGCGGAAGCCGGGUCCCGGGCGCGUCGUCCACAUCUGUAACCUCCCUGAGGGCAGCUGCACCGAGAACGAUGUUAUUAACCUUGGCUUGCCCUUCGGCAAAGUCACCAACUACAUCCUCAUGCGCUCCACACACCAGGCUUUCCUGGAGAUGGCGUACGUGGAGGCGGCCCAGGCCAUGGUGCAGUACUACCAGCUCCAUCCGGCCACCAUCAACGACCAGAAGCUCCUCAUCCGCAUGUCCAAGAGAUACAAGGAGCUGCAGCUCAAGAAACCUGGUAAAGAUGUGGAGUCCAUCAUCCAGGACAUCAACUCUCAGCGGGGGAGAGAGGAGCUGCACGACAUGGACCGAUAUCCACCAGAGCGGGCACGUUCGCGCAGCCCCAUCACUCGCUCCCUGACUCCGCCCUCACACAGCCCCAGCUUCACCUCCUGCAGCUCCACCCAUAGCCCCCAGGCGGUGCCCUGGAUGAACGGCAUCGGGCCACGGCGAGGGUCGUGGGACUGGACACAGCGCGAGAGGGACGAAUGGCGGAACGGCGAGGAUGACAGGCCCAACGAGCGCAGGAAGACCUACCUCAAACCGGCAGACGAGCGCAGCAGGGACCGCUAUUUCUCCUCCCACCAUCCCGCCGACGAUUUCUACAAGAAGGAAAAGCUGCCACGCGCGUCACAGCACCAGAGACACGAGCUGAAGUUCAAGAGACGAGACGGAGGUGGGGAUCAUCACAGGAGCAGGCAUUCUGAAUCCGAGCUACCGGAGGACGGACGAGGCAGGAGGACGAGCAGGAGGCACGAGAGGGAGGACAAAGAGGCAAACAAUCAUAAAGAGUCUACAGAGCACAGAGCCAAAGAGAGAUUGUCACCUUCACACAGCAGCAAACCGACAGAGCCGAGUGAGGGCGAGCGCGACAGAGAGAGUGAGGUGGAGGAGUGUGGAAGUGGUGAGGACACGGAGGGCGAGUGCUGGUACCCCAACAGCAUGGAGGAGCUGGUGACAGUUGACGAGGUGGGAGAAGAAGAUGACUCCAUCGUGGAGCCCGAUCUCCCCGAGCUGCAGGAGGAGGAACAUGAGGAGCAGGUGGAGGAACAUCAUGAGGAGCGUGUGGAGGAACAUCAUGAGGAGCGUGUGGAGGAAGAGGAACCCACGGCAGCAAAGGUGGAGAAAAGGGAGCCGGAGUCAGCUUCGACGCCGGACGCUUCGGCGGAAGAAAGGUCUAAUCAACCGGAGUGCCCCGAAGCUCCGCCCUCUCACGUCUGCCUCUUCCCCACGCAAGAGUUUAAAAGCGCGCUGGAGGAAGCGGCAGAGACGUGCGUACCUAUGACACACGUGACGGACACUGCCGAGGCUCACACCGCCACAACACUCGUCACGCUUGAGAGCACGUGUGAGACGGAAAAGGUCACAGACACACACACGGAGAGGACGAGUGAGGCUGAGAAGAAAGAGAUUCAGCAUGUGGAGGAGAACCAGAAAAGAGACACGGUUCAGCAGAGCUCACAGCCGGCGAGUUCGCCCCAGAGGAUUGGAAUCAAAGCUCCGUCGCCGUCACGAGAGCAGGAAAAGAUCGUCAGCGAACACAGCAUCCCGCUAGGUGUGGAGUUCAUCGUCCCCAGCACAGGCUUCUACUGCAAACUCUGCAGCCUUUUCUACACCAGCGAGGACAUGGCCAAGACCACACACUGCCGGAGCACCGUCCACUACCGCAAUCUCCAGAAGUACCUGUCUCAGCUGGCCGAGGAAAGUCUCCUGCACUUCCGCCCCGAUGCAGAGUGAUAAGGAAACAGGCAGCAGUGUGAGCACCGCUCACUCACUCAGAGACGAGGAGGAGGAGGAGGAGGAGGAGGACUGAACCGGGCCAGAACCAGAGAGAAAGAGAAAGGAUGUGUGUAGGAGAGAAAUGACGCUGCAGCAAGAUGUUCUGCACAUUUAAAGCAAUCUCAAGAAAAUGAUCAUGAUUCUGUAAACCUCUGAAGAAGAUCGACGAGGUCACGUGAUUAAGACGAGGUCACGUGGAGACGUUUAUCACAUUUAAGGCAAAAACAUCAGGGGACGAUCGUGUUCCGUUAACCGCUGAAGAAGCGCCACAAGAUGGCGUCGUCAUGACGCUGCCGUGGAGCGACGUUCCACAAACAUCGGAAUCUGAUACAAUUUGAUUAAACCGCCGGGGAAGAGCGUCGAGGUGAUGUGAUUAAGGUGAUGUCACAGUGAUGUCCAGCACAGUUAAAGCAAAGAUCCGAAUCUGAUAGGAUGCGAUUAAACCACCGAGGAAGAGCGACGAGGCGACGGCGUUAAUCCGCGGAGUCACAAUGAGACAUCCGACACUUUUAAACCAGACCGAAGAAGAGCGAGAAGAUGACGAUGUUCAGACACCGACUUCCAGAAGCACAUGUUCCACAUAAACCUGUUUCACUACAUCACAUUUUUCACAUCUUCUCUUCAACUUUUUACCUUUUUCUUUUUGUAAACUUUUGUUUUUAAUUAAAGAGUCAUUUCUGAAUUCAUAUGAAACAGUUGGAUGGAAAGAGCGCAGAAAACGAGUGAAGCGCUGCUGGAUGUGUGACCUUCAAUGUGUAAAUUGUUAGCAAUCCACUCAUUGUGCCUUGAAAGAAGCGGUCAGUUCACUGGUGUGUGUGUGUGCGUGUGUGUGUGCGUGUGUGUGCGCCUGUGUGUGUGUGUGUGUGUGUGCGUGUGUGUGUGUGUGCGUGUGUGUGCGCCUGUGUGUGUGUGUGUGUGUGCGCCUUUGCACGGUACGUUAGUGAGAUGGAGCGAUUUGUGCCAAGAGGAAACAUUUUGGGAGAAAUAUCGGCCGCACACAACACUGUCAGAAUGUAGAGUAAUGAGGAAUACAUGGAGCGCAUGUGCCUGAGGGCUGCUUAGCAUGAUGUCAUUUCCCUUUUUUAAGGUGACGAAGAAAGUGUUAUUAUUUUUGGAUGCACUGGAUGUCCAGGAAGGAGACGCCGGAGACUGCUGUUAUGAAUUGGGACUCUGCACCCUCGUCCUCAGGUCAAUGACUCAUUGGUGUUUAUAAUGCAAAAGAGUUUAUUUAUUAUUUGAUUGUAUUUAUGUGACACCAGGACUCAAGCCUUUAUUUUAUUUCUUUGUCUGUCUGCGCUGUCUAUAACGCUUUUUAAACUGUAGUGCUACUCAAACCGGACCAUGUGUGUUGUUUCUCCAGGCUGGACGAAGCCAUGUACAGAAUAAAACCUGUGUGUGUGUGUGUGUGUGUGUUAGCAGUUUGCAGUAAAAAAAAGGGGGGGGGGCUUUUUUCUUCCACAUGUUUUGUACAAAAUUGUUAUCGCUGUCCCGCUUUUGAGACUCAAGAUUUUAUUUUUGGGGGGAAUGUUACAUAAAUGUUCUUCA